AGAAGCAUCAAGUAUCAAUUCCCAACAGGAGUGAACAUUCCGAAACAGGAGCUGUCAAAACAGCGGAUACAUACACGUUGUUCACUUCUCUCUUAACAUGACAGAUCAAACCUGAAUUUGGACAAAGAAGAAGAAUAUUCCAUCCAUGGAUCCAAAGAAUAAAGAGUGGGAAAGCAUCAUGCCUGGGCAUGGGUCUCCCUAUACAAGGGAGAUAAUUUUCAUCCUAUCAAGGGAGACUAUCCAUCUUUAAUCAACUAGUUCCAGGGAACUGAAGGAUGGACAGUCAAAAGAAGUCUGCUACAUUGCCUGCAGGAAUGGCGCCACCUUCUUCGGGAUCACAUGGUAAAGCUCAGCAGAAGCUGUCGUCUCAUUCCUUUAGUGGUGGCUUUUUAGGUAGACUGAAGCGCCGAUUCAGGCUCAAAAGCAAAGGGUAUGAACUUCAACCUGAAAAUCAAGCUGCUGUCCAAGGAGUUCGCUUCCAGCAGUGCCAAGAGAAUCUUGCAGGUCAGAGGUUGCAAGAAGAAGGAUCAGCAGCAAGGGGGCCUGCACCUGCAGAUGUUGUGAGGACUCACUCAGACAGGCGCACUGAAAGACCCCCACAGUUCCGGGGUGGCCACAAGAAGGAUGAACGGAAAACAAGGUCUGAUAUGCUGUAUGAUUCCAAUAGUGCUGUACAAAGAAAUUGUUUAGGUAAAGAAGUGAACGUACCAAAUGAGUAUGUAGUGUCUGACACCAACGUUAUUGACCUUGAAAGUGACGGUGGGGGCAUUACAGGUGAUAUUUUUGAUGAAAUGGAUCCCGGCUAUGAGACUCUAGAUGAAGUUCGUAGAAAGAUGCAAAUGCAGUUUAAUCAGCCGCAGAAAAUGAACGGUAGUGCUUGCCUGCCUGAGACAGAACUUGUGUGCCAACGAUCGAAAGGUCCUCAACACCGACGGUCACAGUCCACUGGUCAUCCUCAAAUGGCACACCCUGGCGAAUUCUACGGAAUGCUGGACAGUGGUCUUGGAAGUCCGCUAGUGUCAGACAAUUCGUCCAGUAUGAGAGCAUCGGACAUUGUGACAAAAUCUCUUUCAGUUGUUAGUGACACUGACAUCAGCGCUUAUCAGAGUGUGAAUUCUGUAGGUUAUACACACCACGAUAACUUCCUUAGUCCCUCAAACCUACCGUCGAUGAGGAUGAACAGUUGUCCAGGUAACACCUAUGAUAUGAGUCCAGGGAGGUCACAGGAUUUACUCUGUCCUAGGGGGUCACAAGGGGUCUAUAACUCUGACACAUAUCUACCAGAUCAUGAAGUAAGUGAACUGUAUGCUAAUCCAAAAAUAUUGAUGCGGAAAAAAUCUCAAAGGGAGGAAACCGAGGCAAAACUGAGGUUAUCAGGCCAUGUGUCAAAUAGAACUUCAAGUAAUGAUUCUGAUGAAGGAAACACAAGUUUUGAUACAGAUGGUAAAAGAUCAAGUACGGGUGAUAAUCAAAUUGAACACAGAGAAUUUGAAGAGGAGUCUGUGCCUCCGAUUCCGGAACGUAAGUAUAGUUUGUAUUUAAAUCAACAAAAUAAGAGACAAAACUCACAGGAUAAACAUGUCAAUACAAUUUCGGUGGACUCUAGUUAUAGUUCUAGUGUUAAUGAGUCCCAAUCAAACGAAUCUACUUGUGCAAUGGCAGAAAACAGCAUGUUUUCAGACCACAGAGGUCUCGCAGAUAGUGCCAUAACAGAUUCUGUCUCUUCCCGAAUUUUGAAUCAAUCAGCUGACACCUUCGGUCAAGAUUCUGGUUUCUGGCUGUCAGAGGAUGAUGAUAUUUUGAGGUCAUGUGAUACCAGUAUCCAUGGCGAUAGAUCAGACAUUGACAAGUAUAUUCACAAUACAUCUAAACAACCAUCACCAGCUAUCCGAUUUGAAAACGAUGAACGAGUAAUUCUCACAGGAGAUGUUAGAACAAUAGCACCAGAAAGUGCCAAAUCUGUGACUGACAGUGAAAACGUGCAAUUUGAAUUGAAGAAGAAAGGGGAGAUAAUAGAUAAUUUAAAGGAACAUAUUUCACAAAGGGAAGUAAGUGAUGAUUUGUAUCAGAAUCCUUGGGAUGUUAUCAGUGAUUCAAAAGGACAGAGGAGGGAUAUAACAAGUGCCAUAUUAAGACGGUCAGAUGACAGGGCUGUUGCAUCAUACAAGGUUCAAGGGGAGGUAAUUCCACACACGGUCGAAAGGGAGAUAAUUGAUCAAAAUAGCAACCAAAAUGAUCAUCAGCUUCUUAAAAAAAGAAAUUCAUCAGGUUCAAGAAUUUCUUAUAAAGAAAUGACAGUUUGCCAAAGUGCUAGUCUGGAAAAGCUUGCCUUUGAAAACACAACAGCAAAUACUGGGUUAUUAUCAGAUCAAAUGCCAUCAGUGCAGUCAAGCAGUAGUGUAAGGACAACUGAUAGUGCGGAAAACUGCUUGGGCCAGCAAAGAGACAGUGUCGUGGAGCAUAGAAACAGUGUCGUGGAGUAUAGAAACAGUGUCGUGGAGCAUAGAAACAGCAUAGGAGAGCACAGGAUCAGUGGUGGGGAGACUAGAAACAGUGGAGGGGCAGGCAGAUAUUCUCAAAGUGUUAAAACAGAUUUACAAAAUACAGUGCUAGAUGCUACUAAUCAAAAACAAUCUAACAUACAUAUCAUCAACAAUAAACCUGUGUGUGCUGAUAGUACUAUAAAAGACCAAAGAAAUGCUAGAAUAUCAAACGAUACUCACUCACAAAUACCCAGCAAAGGUAGGGAGUGCCCUGACCAGUGUGCAACCCCUUGUCUCAGGUCGACUCUAGGUCUGGAAAAUAAUAGUGUCGAUCAGUCACUUUGUGAGAGGGAUUUUGAGUCAAGUCUAGAUGGCAGCACUGAGCCCUCUAUUGACAGUCUAGGUGGCAGCACAGACUGUUUGAGUGAGAAAUCCAUUGAACAGCGUGUUGUGUCAUAUGAAGAUGAUGCUGAUGCCGUGCUAGAAAGCAUGGAUGUUCAGAGUGAUUCAUUUGCAGAUGAAAUGACCAUGUCUAUGGCUGGAAGUGUAAGUGUUCAAUGUGAUUCAAACAACCAAAUUCUGGAGGGCAUUCAAGGUAUGAACCUUUCACAGGACUAUGACCCGCCAUCAGACGUAUCAGAAACGCUCAAGACCGACUCAGCUGAACAGGAAACGGAAUCCAUUUCUGAUCCAAGUGAUGAUAUAGUUUCUUCAGCAUCAACCCUGAGUCCGUCUGCUCGUCUUCCUGACUAUUACUACCAGGACACUGAGCCUGUUCACAUGUCUCUUUCUGAACUAGGUAUGUCCGAUGAACAGUGGGUUGAAACUGAACCCAUUCACAUGAGUGUUAACGAACUCAAAAGAUCAAAAUCUCAUUACGAGGGCGAACGUGAACAUCAGUCUCAUUUUCAUACUCCUUCACCAUCGCUUUGGCAGUCCCCACAGGACUACACGACAGAAUUACGCAGCUCCAAUUCAACACAGGACCACUCGCUUCUUCCUUCAACACAGCAAUGCAGCAAUGUUUACGAAACUGUUGACGAUGAUGAUCAGCAAGAUUUGGAAACAAAUGUGAAUGUUCGGCGUCACGGCCAUCCCGUAAUGCACCCUGCUUACAUCAAUAAUCAUGGAGCACGACCGCGCAGACCAUACUCUGUGGAAGUGUCAUCUUUUCAGAAUAGAAGGGAUGAAGACUUUAUGAAGCGUCUUGACUCGCGACCUCCGGCUGUAAUCCCAAGGACUAAUCCAGAGGAAGAAAGCCAACGAGACUUCAUGGAAAGCAUGCGCCAACUUAAAGAUUGUGGUUGGUAUUGGGGGCCGCUGAGUUGGGAUGAAGCAGAGAUCAAACUGAUGAACAAACCAGACGGCUCUUUCCUGGUGAGGGACAGUUCCGAUGACCGCUACAUCCUCAGUCUCUCCUUCAACAUGCAGGGGCGGGUCCACCACACACGUAUUGAACAUCACAAAGCAGGGAAGUUCAGCUUCUGGUCCCAGCCUGAUUCUCAUGGAAAGGCCACCAUCCGUGAAUUCAUUGAGCAGUGUGUGAAGAACUCGCGUAAUGGCCAGUUCUUGUAUUUUAUCCGCCCAUCUGGCCCCGGGUCACCUCCAAUGCCUGUACACUUGUUACAUCCAAUCUCGCGUUACAAACAGAUGCAGUCCCUUCAGCACAUGUGUCGAUUUCAAAUCCUACAGAAAGUUCGUCGGGACCACAUAGACAAACUGCCUAUUCCAACACAGAUAAAGGACUAUCUCAAAGACCCACAGUACUACGUAGAAUACCUGGAAGAAGAUUAGAUACAAGAAUGAUGUUCCCAGCGAAUGGAAAACUGAAAAAUAUAUUAUUCAAAUCAAAUGAUAUCCUGAUGAAAUUGUUUCAUGUGUUUGCAUGGCUUUAAGGGUACGUUUUGUUGUUUAUAUAAGUGUCACAUGCUGAUGAAACAUUUAACAUGGUUCAACUCUACCACUAGUCCUCUCAUCCUCGGUAUCCAGGGGUUACGCUCACUUUCACUCUCUGCACCCCUGGAAUAUGUCAUAGCAAAAUUGAUGGCUCAGUGUGCAGCACCUUGUGGAUGAGACGAGAUGACUAGUUUGAUCCUUUUAUGUACAACAGUAGAAUCUCGCUGUCGCGUAACGGUAAAACUUAUAUAAUUACUGCCUUUGAAGAUAGGCGUCGCUCCUCUGCAAUCCUCAUAGGACAAGUGUCGGCCUAGUGAUUGGUCAGGGUUUUUUACCUGACACCAAUCAAAUAGCUAGCCGCCUCCCUUAAAUUUUGCUAUGACAUAUUCCAGGGGUGCAGAGAGUGAAAGUGAGCGUAACCCCUGAAGUAUCAAUGAUGUAGUCCUCUAGUCCGAGACUAGUAGAUUUCAGCAAGGACUAGUGAAUCACUUAACCUAACUGGUCAUUUGGACUUGUUUAAAAAACAAAGUCACAUGUUAUCAUUUGAUAGAUAGAUUAAAAAAUAAGAAUGUACCGCUUAGAAAACUGCUAAACCCUUUCACCAAUGCAGACAAUAAUGGACUCAUCUAGAUCAAUACAUGGUAGAGUCUACUUAAGUCACAUAGGGGUGAAAGGAUUACAAGAUAGAUACAUCAGAUGAUAAUUGUCAUUUUUUUCAUAUAUUUAUGGCAGUAGCUUCUUGUGUUCCCUACUCUCACAGUCAAUUAUUAUAAAAAAAAAUAUGUUUCUUGAUGACGAUGUUUCCGUAAAGAAAUAUUAGACUAGUUAUUUGAAGUAGGACUAGCAAAUUAUCUGUUCAACUGGUCAUGUGACGCUAGGUCAUGUGACCUAGCAUUCACAGAUAGUUAGUGUCUAACCCUGUGUCGCCAUCUCAGUAAUUUUACUUCAGAAAUGAUAUAGACAACACAAUGCACUAAGCAUAGAAUGACAAGGAUAACAUUUUGAAGUUAUUGGUGAAGUGAUAGUUUUACCGAUCAUUGUCAAACUUUGGUAUUAAGAACGCAUCAGUUGAAGGGGACUUUUGAUGUAUGAAGUAUAUUUAUUUAUAGAAACGGUAUUCAUAUGUUGAAUUUUACAGGUAAGAGUUUAAAAGCUAUAUUUAUUGAUUAUGAAUAUAGAGGAAACCAAAUAGUUGUGAUUUUGUCUGAAGGCACUGUACUUAAUGUUUAGGAUUAAUAGACCUGAUGUAAAUGUGUUGCCAAAUGCAUAAUUUGUUACAGAAAAUAAAAUCAGGAUUUUUUCCCCUAAUCUUAUAAGUCACUUUUUAGGUAAACAUGAUUUAAAUCCAGAAAUCAUUUCCCUACUGUACAUCAUUUAAAUCCUAUUUAUUUCUGAGUAAGUAGUUAUAUAGAAACAUCUGGAGUUUAUUAAAAGAAAUUCUCAAACCGUAAUAGUUGAUAACAUUUUCAAUUUAAAGUCAGUAUAACACGUUAGACCAAUAUACUACAUUCAAGUUGAUGGUGUCCAAAUUAAGAUUAUAUGCUUUGCUCUUUAUAUUCAUUAUAAUAAUAAAAUAAACAAUAACAGUUAAAUAUGUAGUAUUAAAAGCAUUCAAGCCAAAAUAUACCAAAGUUUGCUGUUUGUGUGGAAACCUUUUCCAAAGUGAUCCCAUUUCUGAAAAUCAUCUACUUGUCAAAUAAGUGACAAAGUGACAUUUACUGUCAAACAUAUCUAUUUGUUCAAAUAUACUGUAAGUGUUAGAAAAAGAUCACUUAAUUCAUUUACCCCUGAAAACUCAUUUGAACUCUUCCAAUUUAAUGGUUGGAAUAGUUCAUUAUGAAAAUGUUGGGGUAGUGAUAAUAAUGCAUUUAUAUGUACCAAAGUUUUGUCUAUUAAUUAAAUGGACCAUGUUACUGCAUACACAGCAUUUGUGCAUUUGUACUUAAUUUGCAUGUUACUAAAUUUGAAUAUGGCAAAUAUCUGAAUUUUAUGAUUACGUGUAAGACAACUUUAUCAUGCCCUUGUCAUCCUUUAAAUGAAUCUGUGUAUUUUUAUUGCCAUAGGCUAUGUACUGGCACCUUGUUGCUGACAAACAAACAACUAAGUCUUGCACACAGGUAUUAUUAAGUAACAAUAUAAAUUUCAUGAAAAAAUCUAGACAUUGUCUUUUGGUUUGCUUCUAGACAAAUUUUCUUUUAAGUUUCGUGUGUCUUUUGUCAAAAAACAAAAUGAUAUUCACCAAAAUGUGGCAUUCAGCAUUAGAAUCUCAGACUUACAAAGCUCAAUCUCACCUGAAAUAUUUAUGUGAAACUAAUUUGUCAAAUCUGAAAGAGACACUGUAGCGUAUUUUUUAUAGUGAUCAUGUCAUAUAGCACAUAGCUGUUUGAAGAGAUAUCGGUUUUGAGUAGAUAAACAAAAUGUAAGGAUUUUGGAGGUUCAUUUUUUUUUUUUACAUUAUUUGUUUUUAUAAAUAUUGACAUUUGUUCACUUUGUAUAUGUAAGAUUAUCAAACUAUAGUAAGAAUAUAUAUUAAGGAUCCCGGUCCCACUGCUCUGUGGUUUUUCCUGUAGAACAGUUUGCCCAGCACAUUUCCGAUGACAAGGUAGCUAAUUUGGAUAGAGCGAUAGCACAACCAUCCGAAGUCCAGGGUUCGAAACCUGGUCUAGUCACACAAAUUUUCACUCUGAAACAGUAUUGUUGAUUAUCCUCUGAUUCUUUAUCUAUAUUACUUCUCAUAAAAGUCCCAGAAGGUGUGGUUUUCUGUUUAGAAUGAUUUAUCAAAACAUAUUCAUGUUGGAAAAAACAGGUUCCUAAACUUAUUACCAGUUUUUGGCAGUGGUACAGGGAUCCUUAAAUGUGUUGUAUAACCCAAACAAAUAUAAGUCAAAACAUAUACUUCCUUAAUUAAGAAAUAUUGCCAUUCCAGAAUUUAAAAUUCUUCAUUUGCUCAUUAAUUAUCAUCAGUUUUCAUUUUCUUAUUUUUCAACAUUUAUCCAAAUCAGUAUUAUUUAUUUAGAUUGUAACCUUUUUAUUUUUGUUAUUUUCCCUUUUUUUCCCUGUGUUCUGUUAAAUUUGUGAUAAAACUUAAAAUGUAUGGCAUAGCGCAUUUAAUGUUUGACAAAGCUAAUUCCAAUGAAAGUAAAUCAUGUUAUACCCAAAUCUGUCGAGAUAGUACCUUAACCCUAGUGACUCAUCAUGGAGAUCACUGAAAUAACACAUACAGUAGAUAGCCAGGUUUCAAUACCUCUUCAAGAGCCUUUUGAAAAUAUUAUUUUAAGGUGCACAAAAAUGUUCCUGGGUUACGGUCUUCAGUUUGAAGGAGAAUAUAAAUGUUUGUGGGCCCAUCAAAUGGGACAGGUUUUUGUUUUAUAUGUUUAUCAGUUAAAUAUGGUGCUUGUUUACUGUAGUUUAGUUUAAUGAUUUAAAUGUAAGCUUAAGUUAUAGAUGUAUAAAUCAAUGUUUUUUCUACAAUACAUGCUAUGUACUUGCAGUACAGCAUAAAUAUCAUUAAUUCCUGAACAAAUAACUUGUUUACAAAAGCAUUAUAAUCAUUACUUCUACGCAAAUUUGUAUUUUAGUACAUAAAUAGUUUUUGGGGAAGUAUUAAAUUUCUACAUAAAUUUGUACUGAAAAAGGGUUAAGUAGGGACUUGUGGGUUGUUUCUAUGACUUAAGUAUGAUAUGUACCCUAUCACCUCAUCAGAAAGAAAAAAAUCUGACGAAGGUGACAGAGAAGAUAUCCUUAAAUCUGGCGGUGCAAGUUCCCAAAGUUUUCAAUCGAGAUUUAAAAAAAAUCUGUUUUUGAGACAUUCCCCAUCUCUUCCGAAUUCCUUAGAUAUGACCGUCGGAAUAGAUUGUCACUGGGGAAGAUCUCAAAACUGGGAUUUUUUUUUCAAAUUUCAAAUUUCAAUUGAAAGCUUUUUAACUUGCACUGUCAGCUUUAAUACCGUGCCAAAGUCAUCAAAACAUCAUCCAUAACAUUUCACUGGUUGUGCUAGACAAACUGGUAUACAAAAUAUAUUGUAGAUACAUCAAACAAUUGGAGGAAAAUAUUAUGGAAUACAUGUAUAUUAAUUAAGUAUAACUGGUAAGAUUUCAUUUUGUUUUGUUUAUUUGUUUUGUCUUUUUUUGUCUUUUUCUUUUUCUUUUGCGUUAUAAAUGAUGUAUAUAUUUUCAUGCUGUAAGUCACAAAUCAGUUGAUAUGGUGUUAUUGUUUACAAAAUUUGGGUUAAACAAUGGAUGUGUUGAUAAGUCUUCAUUAUUUUUAAAUGUAGAAAAAAAGAUGGUGGAAGCUACAUAUAAUUUCAUAUCAGAUGCUGAAUUUCCUAAGCAGUAGUUCUUGUAAAGAAAACUUAUGAUGGAGGCAAAACUUGGGUUUCAAAGAUAGUUGAAAUAUAUGUAAAUUCCGAUACCCCUUACUUCUGUCUCGGAACAGAGUAAUUAACUUCAGAAUUCAAAGUGUCGCUGUCCAGACCAGUGAGGUGCUACUGAGGCUGACAAUGUUUACUGUACACAAAUGUGGUGUGUUAUCAUGUGGUCUUCGCUUUUCGAACUAUGCAUAUUUUCCUUUGGUAACAUUGAAUAUUCAUUUAUAUAAGAAAGAAAAAAAUGAAACAUGUAUUACAUGUACUACCUUCAUUUUUAGAUUAAAGUAAAAAAUAAACAAUAAUUAGGCUAUUCCCCCAUGAUACAUAUUUUACUAGUUAUUUGGUUUAACUUCAAAAACAGUAAUGACAUCACAUACAUGAAUUGAUUUUCAGACAUAUUGUUUUAAAGGGGAUGUCUGGUAAACGACACUUACACUAAUUGAAAAUGUGUCUUUUUAAAAUUAAUUUAUCAGGGUUGAACAAGAUUUUCAGGAGUUGAAUAGUUCAUGUAUUUUAUACAGAAACUUUUUGCAAAGUGUGUAGUUAUUUGUCAGUAGAGUAUACACCCUGGAACCCUAAACAAUAAUUGGAUAGCCCUUUAAUACACAAGAUCAAAUUAAAGCUUGUAUGACAUGCAUUGUUUUGUAUAAAGUGUAUAAUUUCUAAAGUCUGACUUCAGCAUCCCUAUACAACAGCACUAUAUGUUUUUACAUAUAUGCAGUUACCUCCCCUUAGCUUCUGUUUGGAUAUAACUGUAGAAAAGUUUGAACAGAUGACAAGGCAGCUCAAUCUGUCAGAGCAAUAGAAUAACAACCAUGAAUUUUAAUUAUUUUCAUUCAGGGCCUGAAAAAUAUCUAACAUUGGUACUUUUUCUCCUGUUUUCAUAGAAAUAAUUCUUGAAAGCUUUCCUACAUGAAGAGGCUGUGUACCUUUAGAGAGCUGAAAUCUACAAAAUCCCGGUGUCACAAUCAUAUUCAAAUUUGUAGAGCAAUUUAUCGUCAUCAUAAGUACUACACAUUGGUCAUGCCAAGAGUAAUCAUGUCAUUCUUGAAAUCCAGGUUUCACGGUUGUGGGAUUGAACUACGUUACACGAUGUGUGGUGUGCCCAGAAUGAAAGAAAAUGCAAUGAUAGUGUGCGCACAUCUGUGCAAUAGCUACCGCACAGUUGUUAUUGAGGUAUCGCGGUUGAUAUAUAUAUUAAGGAAUGGCCUGAGAAUAGAUAUGAUAUCCUAUUCAAAAGUAUCUUUUCUGAUUCAAGGAUGUUGUAAUAUUUCAGCUGGAUUUUAUUGUUAUCUAUUUGUGUAGCAGUAACAGUCACAUGACGUACCAAAAUAGUUUAAACAGCCUUAAUUGACACCUUUGUUUAUAGAUACGAUCAUACACAUUACCUGGCAAUACAACCUUAUUAUUGAAAAUUUCAUAGUCAUUGUUAUAAUGUGUAAUAUGUAUUGAAGAAUUAGAAAAGUGCAGAAUAUACUUAUUGAAUAUUAAACACAUAUGCCUUCCAGAUUUUUCCCAUUCCGUAACAUCCGUCAACUGAUGUGACGGUAUUGCACAAAUGUGGAUGUUUUAUCACACAUCAGAAUCAUCUUCAAUUGCACAGUUGUGCGCACGCUAUUUGAUAAUAGG